AUUCGGGCGGGACUUCCUUUCUCUUGCGGAUGCGAUAUUGGCGUGAGCAGGCUGAAAGGGCUUGGUCGGGGUGUCACUGGUGUCUCCCUAUCCGCGCGGCUCUGGACAGCAAAUAACAGGGCUGACGACGCUGCCGAACCCUCGUAGAUGAACCUCCUCCCCGGCUAUGCUGCCCUGAGAGCUCCGCGAGUAUCCGCCCCGCCAACAUGUCUGAUGUCAACAAGACUAUUCAGAAAUGGCACGCCAGUUUUAGGAAAGGCACAGACUUUGACUCGUGGGGACAGUUAGUGGAGGCUAUAGAUGAGUACCAAAUUUUAGCGAGACAACUACAAAAAGAGGUCCAGUCAGCAAAUUCAGCAGACUUCACAGAGGAGCAGAAGAAAACUUUAGGAAAGAUUGCAACAUGCCUGGAGAUGAGAAGUGCCAGUUUGCAGUGCACACAGUCAAAAGAAGACUUCAAGUUAGAAGAGCUGAAGAAACUGGAAACCAUAAUUCAAAAUAUUCUGACCUACAACAAAGAAUUUCCCUUUGAUGUACAGCCAGUGCCCUUAAGGAAAGUCCUGGCUCCAGGUGAAGAGGAGAACCUGGAGCUGGAGGAAGAGGAGGAGGAGGAUGCUGCUGCAGGAGCUGGAUCUACAGAAGCGUUCCCCCCGAGAGCCCCCGCUCCGCAAGGUACCUUGUUGCCACGGUUACCGUCAGAGCCUGGGAUGACACUACUCACACUAAAGAUUGAAAAAAUUGGGUUGAAGGAUGCUGGGCAGUGCAUCGACCCGUACAUGACCAUUAGUGUCAAAGAUUUGAACGGCGUAGAUGUGAACCCAGUGCAGGACACACCUGUGGCCUCCAGGAAGGAAGACACCUACAUUCACUUUAGUGUGGACGUGGAGAUCCAGAAACAUGUGGAGAAAUUACCAAAAGGAGCAGCCAUCUUCUUUGAAUUCAAGCACUACAAACCUAAAAAGAGGUUUACCAGCACUAAAUGUUUUGCCUUCAUGGAAAUGGACGAGAUCAAACCCGGCCCUAUCGUCAUCGAACUGUACAAAAAGCCCACAGACUUCAAGAGGAAGAAACUGCAGCUUCUGACAAAGAAACAACUCUAUCUCCAUCUUCAUCAGACAUUACACAAGGACAGCUAAGUCGAGCAGCACGCCCUGAACUUUGAACCAACUCUUUUUAAUCUCUCUCUCUUCCACAUCCAGCAUAAUGUGGUCUUCCACCUUGUAACAACCAGCCAUAUUAAAGGCUUUUUUAUGCUUCUGCGUCAAAUCGAAAGCAUACCCCCGCAGACCCCUCUGCGUCUAAGCCAGACCCCUACGCCGAAGCCUGUAUGUAAAAUGUAACGCACAUCGCUCUGCCGUGGCUUGGUAGCGCUGCAUUUCCCUUGAUUCAUUUCCUGGUUCUCCAUCUCCAUAACCACCAUAAAAUCAAGGAGAGGGUUAACCUUUACUGUGGGUGAUGUCUCACUGUGGUCAGAAAGCCCAGCGGGGAAAACCUUUUCUCUCACUACGACUCUAGAGUCAGUACUCGCUCCAAAGCUAAUCACGCCGCACGCACGCACGCACGCACGCACGCACGCACGCACGCACGUGCAUAUCCCAUCUGUUCCCUUCUCCAAAAACUCAAACUGUAUUCAGUUUGUUGGUUGGAGCUACAGGGCUUUCAUAUUACAGCAGGGUUAUGUUAAACCAGAUGAAACAUCGUCUACGGUCUUCUUUAUCUCACUGAUUUUGGGACACAACGCGAGUUGUUGCAGGUGCUUAAUAAUUUAGUGCUUUUGGAUUUUAAAUUCAGCAAAACAUUAAAAGCAGAUGUAGUUGCUAAACUCUGUGGACACGUUGGUGAAGUCGUGGCAGAGUUUGCAAAGCCACGCCCUGAAUAAAUAACACGCCAACGGCAUCAUCAAGUCACCAAGAGUUGCUAAACUCUGUCAUGGUCCAGAAUGGUUUGUGUGUGCCAUAACUAUAGACUUUUAUGGAGUUUAAUUAUGAUCAAUUAAAUAGAUGUAUUUAAGAAAGCUAUUUCAAACUAGUCAUAAACGUUUUUCAAUCAAUAAAUACCCCCAAUUAAUAAUUCAGUUGUUUUUGCUUAAAUUAUCAAUUAUUUAAUAGUAAAAUUGGAUCCCAAGAAUAAUUUUAAAAAGAUUAAUUAAUGCCAAUCAUAUACAGCCACAACCAUCUCUACUUUAACAUUUGCAGUUUCCAUUUUGUGCUUUCUUUAUUAACUGACCUUUAGCUUUGGAUUACAUAUAGUCAUUUAUUGUCAAUAUAAAAAAUAUAAAUAAAAGCAGCUUUAAUUUAAAGCAGGUGACAGUCUGAUUGGCCCGCUGUUGUGCGUGUCUAUCCAAUCAGAGCCCUUCUGCUGUUCUGUGGGUUGGACGUCCUUCAACUUUUAGGUGGCAUGAGUAGACUUUACAUUAAAGCUAUCAUAAAAUGGAAACUAGAUUUAUUAUAAUAAUGUCCAAAAGUGUCCUGGUGGCACACUCUAUGGAUUGUUGUUUAGUCACAUACAGUAUUGAAUGAAGCAGUGGCAUUUAUAAUGUUAAAUGGUGAAAUUAUAGGUUAAAUAUACAGUAGGAUCUAUGAAGCACUGAAAUGCUGUCACCAUUUCAAGAGUAUUAAUCUUUUUAGGUUGUGUUGGCUUUGUCAGAAUAGAUAAAUAUUUCUAUUCAGCGUUUGUUUAAUACGGUUUUAUAAAUGUAUAAUGAGUUAAGUGGAUGCAGCAUUGGUUCACGUGAUUCUGAAUUGAGUGUAAACAUCUGGUUGUGGUCCAGAUGUUUAACAUCCAGUUUUUUUCUAAGCAAGCAGAAAUGCAGAGUUCGGGUUGGAUGUUUAUCACCUGCCAGGAAGUGUCUUUUUAAAAUCUAGUGUUACUUUACAGAUCAGAUGUUUUAUGUAUAGUUAUAUUUGAAUUAAGUCUAGAGGAUGCAUCUGUAUUGAACAGGAAUGCUCUUGAAUCAACUUUAGAUUCACUUGAGCCCUCUACUUUUAUUAUGAAAUUUCAGUUUUUAAAUGAAAACUUGCAUGUAACUUUUCUUUUGCAUUCUGACUUUGCAGAUGUUCGUCUUCACUAAAACAUCUUCAUCGUAAUAUGUGACUUUAGAUUUUAUUUUUGUAAUGUCACAAUAUUCAGGACUGUAAAUGAAUUGUAGGAUACACUAACUGAUGAAUAUACAGCAACACAGCGCACGUAUGAAGCGCUACAGUGUGGUAGGACUGAGACCUGUGGAGUGUUUUAGUUUUGUCGACAGACUUGAGGGAAAUUAUAUCAAAUGUUUACAUUGCUUUUAAUUUCUAAUAAACUACAAAUGAAAGAGU